CUCAGUAGGUUCUGUUCUGUGUUGUCUUGUUGGUAAAGAAAGAGAAGAAAAGAGUGGAAUCGAAGACGAAGACGAAGAUGGAGGACGCAUCAGCAUCAAAGUUCAUCCCACACCAAAUCGGAGGGGUCCAAAACGACGUGCUUCGAUUUGGUCUCCAUGGAGUCAAGAGCGACAUCGUUGGUUCCCACCCUCUUCAAUCUUCACUCCAAUCUACAAGGAGAAUGGAUGAAGCGAUGAAGAAGCAAUGCAAAGUUAACCUGUACGGAACUGCUUUUCCCCUGAAGGAGGAGCUUGACAGGCAAAUCCUGUCUAGGUUCCAGCGGCCUCCUGGACCAAUUCCAUCUUCAAUGCUGGGUUUGGAGACUGUUACAGGAAGUGUUGAUCACUUUGGUUUUGAGGAUUGUCUAAAUGACCCCCGUGAGUCAGAGACUUUCCGGCCAUUGGACAUGCAUCAUGGGAUGGAAGUUCGCCUUGGUCUGUCUAAGGGACCAGUGUACCCAAGUAUUAUAUAAUUAAAUUUGACUGUUAUUCUAGUGCCAGAAAACAGUAUUUUGUGAUCGAAGUUUCUUGCUAUUCGUUAAAAUGAAAGUGUCCAAGGAGUUGGCAUAUUUUGUGAUCAAAGCUUCUUGUUUUCCUAAUGCUCUGGAUGCUAGAAAUGUUAUUGAUCCAUAUAAACAGAGCAUGUCUUUCAAAUUAAAGCAGAAUUUAUGCAUGAGGCAUUUGAGUUGAGCAUCCUUAUUGAAUUUUAA